CGUGAUAUAUGCACCGCUAUGUCGCGCAAUACAACUGAAACUUUUAACGCAGCCUAGUAAUUAGCCGAGAAGGUUUAAAAGGCGAAGCCUGGAAUUCCCUGGGCGAUUCGCACUGAGAAGCAAAUGCCAAGAGUAGUGGUGGUUGCCGCUGUUCAAUCAGUCUGCGCGAGAGCUCUCGUCGGUUCAGCACCGCGUUCGGUGAACAGCAACUUAGUGAAGCACUGACAAAAGGUGGACGGUAACGUGCAACCAGUGGCGCUGGUUAGCAUAAAAUCUAACUUCAUUUCUUGCUUCCUCCACCUGGAUUUCAUGAGCCACAAGUUUGCGGUGAAGUGAGUUUUAACGCAGAGGGCUGGAGUCUCGCUGGAGUGGCUGAAGCUGAGAUGAAGCUCUGUACGGAGUAGGAAGGCAAACGGAGCGCUGCUGAUCGGUGUCUGUCUAGGCGGUCGUGUGGUGCGGUGCUGCCCGAAAACCCUCCAUUCAGAAGGAUGCUGUUGGGAAAUGCCUGGCGACAGAGAGGAUGAGAUUUGUUCAAAGGCACUCCAGCUCUUGUCGGAUCUCUGUUCUAGAGGAGAGGUGCAAAACGAGAACUGUCUGGACUUCAUAUAUUAUUUUCGGGAUCGCGCCAGACCCCGCUAUACAGAUUCAGAUGUCUCAGUGAGCUUGCUGUCUCUGGUUGUCACAGCCUGUGGUCUGGCUCUUUUUGGGGUGUCCCUUUUCGUCUCUUGGAAGCUCUGUUGGAUCCCAUGGCGUGAACGGGGUCUUAUUCCUGGGUGCAAAGACAAUCAAGGAGAUCAAUCCACUUACACAGAUGUGGAAAUCAACGACAAUGACUACAGUGAGGAUUAUGUGAAGGAGUCUACUACUGUUCCAGAGUCGGCCAUGAAGAUUAGUCACACCUCCCCUGACAUCCCACUGGAAGCUCAGACAGAAGUAAAAGAAAAUUGUAUCCACAAUGUCCGAAUGCACAGGCAGACCACAGAGCCAACUUCUUCUGUUAGGCAUAAUUCGAUAAGGAGACAACUAAAUCUUUCCAACCCAGAUUUUACGAUACAGCAGUUUCAGAAGCAGGAUUCUCUUACUGGGCUUGGACGGAUUAAACCUGAGCUGUAUAAGCAGAGAUCGGUAGACACAGAUGAUGGCAGAAGAAACAACAGCAAAACGUGUGGGAAGCUCAAUUUUAUCCUUAAAUAUGAUUGUGAUUUGGAACAGCUGAUUGUCAAAAUCCACAAAGCAGUUGAGCUGCCAGCCAAAGACUUCUCUGGAACCUCAGAUCCUUACGUCAAGAUUUAUUUGCUGCCAGACCGCAAAACCAAACAUCAGACUAAAGUGCACAGGAAAACCUUGAACCCUGUCUUUGAUGAAGUAUUUUUAUUUCCUGUGGCCUACAAUGAGCUCCCUACUCGAAAACUUCAUUUCAGUGUUUAUGACUUUGACCGAUUCUCUCGGCAUGACAUGAUUGGACAGGUGGUUGUGGAUAACUUUUUAGAUCUAGUGGAUUUUCCCAGGGAAACACAUCUCUGGCGAGAUAUCCAGCAUGUGACCACAGACAAUGUGGAUCUUGGGGACCUCAUGUUUUCUCUGUGUUAUCUUCCAACUGCUGGUAGACUGACUAUCACAAUAAUAAAGGCAAGAAAUCUAAAGGCCAUGGACAUAACUGGAGCAUCAGAUCCCUAUGUAAAGGUGUCCUUAAUGUGCGAAGGAAGAAGAUUAAAGAAAAGAAAGACUUCAACAAAGAGAAAUACUUUAAAUCCUGUCUACAAUGAAGCCAUAGUUUUUGAUGUUCCCCCUGAAAACAUUGACCAAGUUAGCCUUUUGAUAGCAGUGAUGGACUAUGACCGCGUAGGUCACAAUGAGGUUAUUGGAAUCACUCGAGUAGGGAACAGUGCCGAGAGCCUUGGACGUGACCACUGGAAUGAAAUGCUGACAUAUCCCAGAAAACCUAUAGCUCACUGGCACUCAUUGGUUGAGUGGGUAGGACAAGGAACAGGAACAGGAAGCCAAGGAGGAUCAUGCAAUUCUCUUAAAGCCCCUCCUUCACCCUAAGAGAGACCACAACAGACUGAGAGUUGCACAGCAAGGGAGUAAAAAUGAAGUUGGAUACUUUAAGAAUUGUGGGAAGAGCUUAUGAAUUGAUUAUAGUUGUAUGGUGACCAAUUGUGUAUGUUGAACAAAACUUGAAGACUUUUCUCUAUGCCUACAUGAGUUUCCUUUUUUGUUCAGUUGCAUGCUGAGUGUUUAUAAAUUUUAUACUCAGUUAUGAAACAGUAAAUAAACAGAAAACUUCCCAACUCCUCACAAAGCUAAAAUGUUGCAGGUAAUGUGAGAACAUUCAAAGUGCAUCUUAAAUAUCAGUAUUUUAUGUUUUAAAGACAUCUGUGUGUAGCACAUGUUAAAAAGCACUAAUUUUAUUUUUAAAUAGUGCAUGUUUUAGUGAAGUAUUCUAAUACAAAUUUUUUUUCCUGUUUCUGUUAUGAGAAUAAAAGGUGUGAAAUUGCAACUAAUAUUAACCUCUUAGCAAACUACUGUGAUUUAUUAUUUUUAGAUCUAUUGUAGCAUUUAAAAAGUCCUCUAAAUUCUUCUUAAUAAAUUUUUAUAUAUAAAAUGCAUUUGAGCUUCAAUUACAAAAGAAAGUAGACAAUGCCCGGACAAUUCACAUAUUCAUUUUCAAGACUUUUUGUUUUGGCGAUGAUCACAAGAUGAGCAGGGCAUUCCAGAUUUCUCUUUCACUAAGAAAAGAUUCAAAUUCUUCCCGGGGAUUCCAAGACAGCUGUAACGUAUAAUACCUUUAGCUUGACCUGGAUCUAUCAUGUGGUCUAUUCCCAGUGAAAUGUGCCAGGUAAGGAGGCACCUAGGAAGCAUCCUUAGCACAUACCAACACCAGCAUAAUCAGUUCUCAAGUGUUAUGCUUUGGAUUGCGUCUUCUACAGCGUGUGAUUUUCACAUUUUAAAUAUUCUCAGUAUAAAAGGUGGUUUGGUGUCAGGAUAUGACUCUUGGACUUUAGAUCUGUUAUUUGUGCUGAGACACUGAAUUUUUUAUAGCUCUUAUAAACUGAGUUCACCUGACAGCACACAAUGCCUUGUUAGUACAAAAAUAGCUUUGCUCUUGUUUCUUGAGGAUGUCCAGCCAGAGACUCCUUUGUGAUGAAGAGGCUUAUAGUCUAAUAAUGCAUGAUAUCGACUUUGAGGGCAAUUUAAGCACUGCAGGCACCUCCCAAGAUGUUCAAUAGGUUAUUCCUGUCAAUGGAAAGACACAUAAUCAGAGAUGUUGGAUGAACAGAAACUUGAAUGUAUGGCAUUUUUGAUUCAGAGGUUCUUUUGGAUUGCCAUGCUACUUGUCAUCUGAUAGACAGGAGGACCACCAAACUUUGGGAACUCUUAUUUUGACCACAUGUAAUAGUGAUAUUGCUCUAUCAGUCACUGCACUUACUUCAUGGUUGACAAUCGCAGCAUACAUCGGAAAAUAAAUAGCAAAUUUUAUGCAACCACAGAUUCUUAUGACUUUAUAGGUACCAAGUAGUUGUGCAAGUCUAAUUGGUAUCUCUAAUUGUGAAGAAGUCCAUAAAUUACUUAAAGACCUCUAAAGAGCAACUACAGGAAGCAACUCUGUUCUUUUCCAUUAAAGAACCAUGAACUUAUAUAUGGAGAUGCUGAAUCAUGCCCUGGAGAUCACAUUGAGAUAAUUCAAGAAGGAUAACAUUGUCUGCAAAACAAGAUGGACGCCACUAUCAAAACAACUGAGCUGUAUAGUUCAUAAAAACUACAAACAAGACAUAACCUUCAUGGAUUCCAAC